AGGGACGCUCGGCGGCCGCGACGGGGGGCGCUGGCGGCGGCGGACGCUGCAGCGGCGGCGGGGCUGGCGCCGCGGCGGCUCCCGGGCCGGGACAGGCCUGGGCACCGGGCGGAGCUCGGCAGCCGGGCGGCAGCGGCGCUGAGCGGGCACGGCGCCUGCAGCCGGGCCCCGGCCCCGGGGGCGCCGCCUCCGCCCGCGGCUUCUGCACGGCUGGACGGCCGCUCCUCCUGCUAUGAUGCCUGGGCAGAUCCCGGACCCUUCCGUGACUGCGGGCUCUCUGCCAGGGCUCGGCCCCCUGACUGGACUCCCCAGCUCGGCUCUGACCACGGAGGAGCUGAAAUACGCCGACAUCCGCAACAUUGGGGCCAUGAUUGCCCCUUUGCACUUCCUGGAGGUGAAACUGGGCAAGAGGCCCCAGCCCGUGAAGAGUGAGCUAGACGAGGAAGAGGAGCGGAGGAAAAGGCGUCGGGAGAAGAACAAAGUCGCGGCGGCCCGAUGCCGGAACAAGAAGAAGGAGCGGACGGAGUUUCUGCAGCGGGAGUCUGAGCGGCUGGAACUCAUGAAUGCGGAGUUGAAGACCCAGAUCGAGGAGCUCAAGCAGGAGCGGCAGCAGCUCAUCCUGAUGCUGAACCGGCAUCGCCCCACCUGUAUCGUUCGGACGGACAGCGUCAAGACGCCCGAGUCGGAAGGCAACCCGCUACUUGAGCAGCUAGAGAAGAAGUGACCCUGGGCUGGGAGGAGGAGGAAGAGGAGGACCAGGAAGAGGAGGAGGAGAUGGCAAGAGGGAGGAGGACGAGGGCACCCGAGGGCCCUGCCUUGGUGCGUGAAAAACUUUACAAUGAGGCUCAGCACAGCCAGUAAUCGGCCGGGCUUUUUUUCUUUCUUUUUUUUUUUUUUUUUUUUUUUUUUUGUGAAACUCAGAUCAGCCACACAAGGGGAAGAGCAGGCUGACGAAACCCAGAAGGACCAAGCGCUGAGACCAAAGUAGACUCGCGGGUGGGGCUGUCCUGCUGGGGCCCAGCUCAAAAGAGGUGGGACCGAGGCACCUGGGCCGAAGAGAUGCCCACCUAGGCAGCCUUGGGCACUUCUCCGGCCUCUGCACCAAGCACCCACCCCAGGGACCUCCAAGCAGCCAGGAAAAGCCAUGAGUUGCAACCAAAAUGCCGUCGAGGAUGGAACCAAGUGACACUGCCAUCUGGCUGCCCCAGCCCUGACCCCUGACCCUGAUGCGAGGCCAGAGAGGGCCGAGAUGCGGGGCCCAGCACGGCCCGGCCUGGAGCGGCAGCCGGAGUGCACCCUCGCUGGCCCUGCUGGAGUUUGCUGUGGGCACGAGGCGCGGGCGCCCUUCCAAAGCACAUACUCACUGAAUGUUUACAGACUGGCUGUCCUGGCAGGGCUUUCAACUGCACAUGUUUUUUAUACUUUCUUUCUUUUUUUUUUUUUUUUUAAUAUUUUUUACAAAAAAAAGAUUUUAUACAAGCAAUAUAUAUAUGGAUUUCUAUAAUCACUCGAUGUGAUACAGUAUAAAUAUGCUAUGGUUUGUUUGUUACGAACAGAUAUCCAGCAGUUAUGGCAGUUGUGUGUAACUCCUAAGUACUGUAGACUCUGGGUGUUGGGGUGGCCGGGGCGGGAGUGGGGUGCAUUUCCAUCCUGGUAAACCCUCCAUAGUACUCAGUCCUGUAUCGCUCAGUAAACCUUACUCUUACCUACCCA